GAUUUUGUUGUGCAAAUCUCCAUGGUAACAAGUUUUAUAAAAAUGACAAAACCAUUCAGUUUUACAACUUACCACUGAGAUAAGGUAAAGAGUUAAAUCACUUCUAGAUUCUAUAUCUUGAGCUAAGCCCUGUAUCUAAAAGUUAUAAACAUGUCAGAGAAUAAGCGACAACCUCUGCGUAAACAGCUUCCAUUAGAAGAGCUGCAAAAAUUGCCACCUCAGUUAAAGAGUCGUUACAUGGCUUACCAAGAACCUCCCAAAGAAGUCAUGGAUGCUCAAGCCAUUUCUAAAAAAAGGCUUCUUGAAAGAAAACAAAAGCUUAAUACUAAAAAUAUACCAUUGAAUGAAAAAGAAGCAGAAGAAAAAGAAAAGCAUGCUAAACUUAUUGGACAACUAAAAGCAGCAGAAGCAAGAAAUAGAUUACGGGUCAUGAGAUUGCGCUAUCAAGCUAACAGGGCCCAAGAAAUCUCCCAUCUGAUUGCUUGUCAACCUGUAGCCCUAAAAGCUGUACGACUGCAAGCCUUGGUACCCCCACAUGCAGAGAUAAAAGAGAAAGGAGAUUUACUAGAUAAAUUUAGUCGUCAGAGAGUAGAAGCGCUUCUUAAAGAUGUACAUGGGCUCCUCACAAACCGUGUAAAUUAAGUCAUUGGAAAAAUCAAAGAGAACACUGUCUUGACUUUGAAGAAUAUUUUUUUAAUCACCACUAUCACCUUUUAAUUGUAAAUUAGCAUUUCUAAAGGAAGUCAAUUACUACUGUCUGUCAGCAUAAUAUUUUAAACCUUUACUUGUUUUCAAAACUCCUUUUACAAAGAAAUUACAUUUUAUAAUCUCCUUAAUUUAGUUACCAUAAAAAAGACUUCAAAUAAAUUUAUACUUAACAGAUUAUAC